AUACACGAUCAAAACAUGCGUGACGAUGUUUUUCCAAACCUACAUGUAGCUCAAUUACAUAUUUAUAUAGGGCAAAUAACAACAAAACAGAGCAUAACAACCUAGCUACACGAAGGUAGCCUACAUUGGUUUCUGCACCUCCGUGGUUUAGACGACUUUCUCUGUUCAAUCUGGUUCAAGAAACGUCGUUGCCAGAAGAAUUCGAUGAUUUCACUCAUCGCGCGCAGUGCAGUGGAAAGGCCCUCCUGCAACCCCAUCUUGCUACUGCUGCUCGAGCUGAAUGCUGACUGUGUUUUGUGCACCAUUGUCUGAUUGUGAGAGUGGGUCUGUGUGCUGAUUUUUAGAUCACAUCUAAACCAACCCUUGUACAUCUAUCAUUGCCCAAGAGAAGGUAUAAAGUGCCCAAUAUUGCAUGUCUUCAACAAUGUGAAGACAUCUAUCUAAAUUAUGGCCUGGUCCACCAUAGUGCCUGUUGAGGUAGUGCCUGAUGUACUGGUGCCUGCCCAACCAGGUAACUCCACCAGCAUGCCAGACAUCGACAUUGUCCGCCAGGGUUGUUUCUGUGACUUUGAUGUUGUUGCGUGUACCAGAAAUGGCAUCCUAUCUGUGUUUGCUGGGAUGCUGACCAUUAUGUGUAUAUACAGGAUUGUGCGACUUCAUCAAGCACAGCAGCCAAUGUACCAUCAACUAAUGGUGUUUUACUUUGCUACAGCAGAAUGCCUUAUUGUGAUUGUUCAUUGGGUUUAUAUACAUGACCCACGACUAGAAUUGGCAGCGGAGUACCUUAAAAUGCUGCAGCUUCUUACUGUUUGUCACUUCUACCUGUCUCGAUCCGUUAGACUACUCCGAAGAGAUCAUCUUAGUAUGCAAUUAGUCUUGCCAGCCUUGAUUCUGUUCCUGUCAUACUUCAGUGUAGUAGCUACUAUUGCUAUUGUGUUAGUUAAAGACACUUUAAUAGAAUGCUUUGAUCCAUACUGGAUAAUGAUGUCAGCUGCUGAAUGCUUCUUGACGCAGCUAUUCCUAUUGGCUGGAAUACUCAUAACAAAGAAGAUGAAUGAGGUCACAACUAUGGAGAGUGCAAGACGUCAACAAAAGCGAAACCUGUGGAGUAUCAUCGUAGCGUUUGAAUUAUCGUCCCUGACAACAAUGCUGUUUGAUAGCGUCAUGUUGGGGCUGAAUGCAGUAAACGACAGCUGUGGAGAUAUAUAUAACCGAAAUCAAGUUGUGUACAGCUGUAUCUACUUUCUGUUGAUGAUAUUCAAGAUAGUAGUACCCAUCGUCACCCUCCUCGCUGUCUUUGAUCCGGUCUCAAGACUCAACGAUACUGGCCAGGAAGAUUUCUUUCACAGUGACACACAUUAUGGGGCAUUUCAAGACAGAUCAAAUAGCUAUCGCCGCCUGUACCCACCCGGCUCAGAGGACCAUGGUGUAUGGAUACCCCCCUCAGAGUAUGCCAGCCCUACACGACGGACACAGUCUUUCCCUAAGAUGCCCAUCAUAACAGAGGAGCAUGAGCCCAUCAGUGCAUCUCUACCAGUCACUGCAUAAAGAUGAGAAGUGGUCAAAUGGCCAAUCCAAUGACUACGUUAAUGGGGUGUUGUGGGCUGGGGUGUUUUACAGACAGAAAUGCUACAAAUGCACCAGAUUAUAAAAAAGUGUUUGGGUUCAAUCCACAUAAUAAUAAUAUAAUAAUAUCAAAGUCUUAUAUAGCGCAUGUAUCUACCAACAAGGUACUCAAGGUGCUU